GCAGUGUUGGUAAAUACCCGCACACCUUUUAGUUGUUUGCCGAUUAAAAAAUUACGCUUUUUGUUUGAAAACGAAAUAUUAACUGCUGUGCUAUUGAAACUCUGUCAGAAUUAAAAGAUAUUCUAUCUGGCCUGCCAUCUCUUAUUGUCAUACAACAAGAAGUCUUGUGACACAGCUAAAGGCGUGAAAUGGAUCAAUUAAACUUAUAAACAAAUUGUUUGUUUCUUUUGACUGAAAUACUUGUACGGUUUUGUGCGUAAAUGUGCGCUCGUGUGUGUGUGUGUGUUACCUAUGCGUUCGUGUGUGUUUGGUGAUUUUCUGAUAACUCACAUCGCAGCAAACAGCGAAAGCAAAAGCAACAAUAACAAAUUGCAGCAACAACGUCACACGUCUGCGACACCUGCGUCGCUGUCGCCAAAGUUGUGUUGUUAUUUUUACUGUUGCUGCUGUCGCCGCUGUCGUCGCCAUCGGCUUUUGUUUAUUUGUUGUUGCGUCGCGUCGUAAAGAAGGAAAAGCGCCCACACACACACACAACACACACACAAUCGCGCGUGUGCCGUUGGCAACAAGUGGAAUAUAUACAAACGAAAUUCAUACAACCCCAUGUUAGUGCGUGAUUUACAAGAGGCAGAGAGAAAUCCCUUCGAUAAGUUAACCUGAGUGCUUCAUUUACGUUUCGUGCGCGAAUUUUAUGUGUAGACAUCAAAUAAACGAAUGCAAAAAAAAAAUUAGCAGCAUCAUCAUCAGCGUCACCAGCAACAACAAUAACAACUGCAACAACAACGAAGGGCACAUCUAACGCUGCGGCUAACAGAUGAGCCCCAACAACAGAUGUCAAUUGCUGCAGCCGAAAAUGCAGGGCUUAGCCCAAGUGACUUACCAGAUCAUUGGGCCUCAGGUACAUCAAAUCCAUCGACCUCGACCAGCAGCAGCAGCAGCAGCAGCAUUAGUGCCAGCGGCAGCAACAACAACAAAUACAACAGCGGCAACAUAUCGGUCUGCAACCUGCCGCGCUCAUCGCCGGCCGCUGCAACAGCAGCCGUUACACUAUCGUCGGCCGCCGGCGGUAUUGGCAGCAACUUGUUGAGCGGCUUGCAUCACGGUCUGGCGCCCGGUACGCAUCCACUGCAGCGCGCGACGGCAGCCAGCGGAGGCGGAGCUGGUGCUGGGGGCGUGGCAGGCGCCUCAACAGCAGCGGCACUCACACUCCAGCAACAUCAGCACCAGCAGCAGCAACAACAACAGCAGCAGCAAGCGCAACAUCAGCAUCAGCACCAGCAUCAGCAGCAGACGCAACAGCAGCAAUUGGCCUACCAGCACCAGCAACUGCAGCAGCAGAUCAUCUCGCAUCGUUCCAUACAAAACAAGGCGGCGGCCACCGCUGCCGCACAAACGGCAAAUCUUGCUGCUGCCCUGCAGCGAUCGGCUGCCAUUAUGAAUGCGGUGGCAUCGCCGAUCUCAGCCAACUCUGCCAACUCAGCGACGUCCGGCCGAAAGAUACGGCGCAAGACGGAUUCAAAGGUCAAUCUGCCCCAAUCACAAAUCAACAAAUGCAACAAUGAGAAGCGACGUCGCGAGGCGGAGAAUGGCUAUAUCGAGCAGCUGUCGGAGAUAUUGACGCUGAACAAGCGUGGAGAUAUGACCUCAACGAAACCGGACAAGGCGGCUAUACUAAACCAAGUGGUUCGAACGUAUCGUGAGAUUUGUGACAAGGGCCAAAAUCGUGAUAUAUCCUCAACGUCGACGAACAACAACAACUCUACGACAACGACCAACAACAACACGAAUAGCAACAAUAACAACAACACCAGCAAACCGCAAGCAACCUCAACACGCUGCAGCCGCUGUGCCACGGACAACUGCUCGAUCCAUCCGGUACAACAGGGCGAGGUCUCGUCGACGGAACCACCACUUCCAGAGCCAUCACUCCUGCUCGGCCAGGUGCCAGAGAUAUCGGCAUACUUUGAGGCACUCGAGCAUUACAUCAGCGGCGUCGGCUGGGUCCUGCUGCAGGUGAACGCCAACGGCAUCAUUGAGUCCUGCACGCAGAACAUCCGCGAUCUGAUCGGCUAUGAGAAGCAGGAGCUGUACCACCAGCCGCUCUACAUGUACCUCUAUUCGGGGGAUCACGCCAAGCUAGAGCCGAUCAUCAAUACAAUGUACAACAAUCCGAAUGGCGGAAAUAGCAAUUCCGCCAAUAAUUCUGGUCCAGGUGGCAGCUCUGCUGGCACCUCAGCGGGCGUGUGGGGCGAUCUCGAGGAGCUGAACAACGGCAAUGCCUCACAGGGCUCCAAUUCCAGCGGAGCGGGCGGCUUAGGUGGAGCAGGUGGCGCUGCGGCCGGCAAGAAGCGCAGCAUCUCCACCAAGGUGCGCAUGCUAGUCAAAGACACGCGCACCGCCACCCAAACGUCGUCCAACUGCGAAGAGAAGCCACUGAGGCAGUCCGGCCAUCAGGAUAAGUACGAGGAGGUGGUCCUUAUAGCGGCACCAGUCAAGGACGAUGCCGAUGCCAGCAGCUCGGUGCUGUGCCUCAUCACACGACCGGAGGAUGAGUCGCCCUUGGAGAUCAACAUUCAACAGCACGUGCAGCAGCAGCCGAUCGAGCAGAUGACCUUCAAGCUGGACAUCCACGGCAAAAUACUCACUCUCGAUCCCACGGCACUGCGGGAGCCGUUCAAGCAGCACCUGCAGACGUGGGUGGGACGCCUGUGGCAGGACCUAUGUCACCCACACGACCUAUCCACCCUCAAGUCGCAUCUGCGCGACAUACAGGACUCGGCCAGCGCCAAUUCGCCGGGUGCUGGGGCAGGUACCAGUGUGGUAUCGCGUCCGUUUCGUCUAAGAUUAGGAGCACCGGAUGUAUACGUGCAUGUGAAGGCAAACUCGAGACUGUUCCUCAACCAGACGCCUGGCGAGGGCGACUUUAUAAUGUCCGUGCAGACGCUGCUCAACUCGGAGAACGACAUGAACAGCAGCAACACUGGAGCGGGCAGUGGAGGACUGGGCUUGGGUCAACUGUGCGCCAUGGCACCGAGUCCCUCACUUGCCAGCUCACUGCUCAGCAGCCUUUCCAUGGAUGGUCUGCACGGAGGAACCGGUUCGGGAUCCUCGUCUUCGCCAGCGGCCUCUGGCAUGUUGCCCACCCAUCUGCUGGGCGGACUGGUGGGCGGCGGACAACAGGGCGGCGGUGGCAACAGCACGCAGACUACAAGCGUGGGCGGACCGCUGAUGAGCAGCGCGAUUAUCAAUGGCACCGGACUGCAGCAGCAACAACAGCAGCAGCAGCGAUCCGGUGCCAGCUCAUCGGCCAGCUCGUCCGCGAAUGCGCUGGUUAACGCGUUUACCGCUUCGCCAGCGCCAGCGGAGCACAGCUUCUAUGGAAGCGAUACCUUCGAAUUCGACAUUGCAGCACAUUCCUCCUCAUUCGAACUGGAUCCCAGCGGCGGUGUGGGAGCCUGGACGGAUUCGCGUCCCAAUUCGCGAGCGUCUGUGGCCACGCCCGUUAGCACGCCGCGCCCUCCGUCUGGACACGGAUUUAGUCCGGCUGUUUGCGCAUCUCCGGCCACGCCCUAUCAGCUCUCCUCGCACUCCGCCGCCAGCCUGCCCUCGCCGCAGUCAAAUGCCAGUGCCGGCGGUGGCAACUACGGUGGCUUCAACUUCCACUCCUUUGAUUCAAGCGAUGUAAAGCCCGAGAAGGAUGUCCAGCAACAACAAAACCAGCAGCAGUCAAACAACAAUAGCAGCAGUAGCAAUCCACUAUUGGGCGGCGGUUUGCCGAACGGAGUGGGUGGAAUGCUGCUUUCCCAGCAGCAACAGCAGCAACAAACGCCGCCUCAACAGCAGCAGCAGCAGCAACAACAGGAAUCCUCGGAGCGAUUGCGCCACUUGCUGACCAAGUCGCAGAGCAUGGCCGGCGGUCUGGGAGGACUGGGAGAUGAUGAGAAGUACUUCAAGCCAGAGGGCAGCGAGGAGGAGAAGCACGCCAGCGGAGGUUUCAAGAUGGGUGGCCAGCCCGGAGGGAUGGGAAUGUUUGGACCCAUGGGAUCGAUGGGGCGUGGUGUCGGCAACUCAAGUAUGCUGCACAAGGCAGGCAAUUCCCAGAACCCUAUGCUGCUCAAGCUACUAAACGAAAAGUCCGAGGACGAUGAUGGCAACGGAUCGGGUGGUGGGCCAGGUUCUAUGAACAACUCCCGGCAGAGCGAGCUGAUGCGCCAGCUGAAGAAUCCGGACGGUGGCAGCCAUGGCAUGCACCGUAACAGUGCCAGCGGCAACAUGAGUACCGAGGAUCUAAAGGCCAUGCUCAAAAUCCAAAGCGAUCCAUCGCUGAACAGAAAGCGAUCGCUAAAUGAGCCCGACGACGAUCCCUCUGCCAAACGGUCUGAGGACAAGCCCAGCAAAUUGUGCACGCAAAACAAGAUGUUGGCCAAGCUACUGCAGAAUCCGCCAAAGAUACCCAAAGCACCCAAUCCCGAGCAGCCAUUGCAAGUGAAGACUCUGCCGGACAUCACCAGCUCUACGGUGAGCAGCACGCUAGCCGCUCCGGGUAACCUCAUUAGCGCUGGCAGCACCGGACCCAAAGCGGCAGCCAAUCGCAACCGAAAGCAGCAGCAACAGCAGCAGCAGCAACAACAACAGCAGCAGCAGCAACAGGUCGCCGGCAUUCCUUCCCAGCAGCAACAACAGCAGCCAAACGAUGUCUACCUCAGUCAGCAGCAGCAACAGCAACUCCAGUCGCCGCAGCUGGCCUUCCAGCACCAGCAACUGGCGACCACAGCAACUACCUCAAUUACCACAGCGGCCUCCACUUCGGCUGCAGCUGCGGCAGCGGCGGCCAUUCUGGGCGAAGGCGACUCAGAGCUAUCCAAAUUGCUGGACAGCGUAAUGGAGUAUUAUCCAGAUGAUACUCCCAUCGUGACAAAUGCCCCAUCCGAGGCCUCGGCAAUCAACGACAUUCAAAAAUCGCUGAUGCUAGACGUGGAGUCGGCGGCCUUUGGUAACGAUCUAAACCAGCAGCUUAUGAUGACCCAGCAGCAACAGCACCAGCAACAACAGCAGCAGCAACAGCUGCUGGCGUUGCAGCUUGCCCAGCAGCAGCAGCAACAGCGACAGCAGCAUCUGCAGCAGCCCCCUGCCUAUCCGGGAAUGCUCAACAUGCAACAGCAGCAACACCAACAGCAGCAACAGCAGAACCAGCAACACAUCAUGCAGCGUCUGGAAGCCAUGCGGAAUCAGGGCAAUCAGGGUUUCCAGCGACCUCCACCCAUGUAUCCCGCCCGCGGUCGCGGACCCAUGAAUGCGGUGGCCACUCCGGGAGGCGUCGUGUUGCCUGCCCAACAGCAACUGCGAAACAUACGACAACAGCAGCAGUUGGCGGCCGCACAACAGAAGGAGCGUUUAUUGCAGCAACAGCAAAAGCAACAAUUGCUCGUUCCGGAGAAUGCGAGUGAGUAUUGGGGAAACUCUAAUUUACAAUUGAUUAUUAAACUUAUUGUGUCUUAUAUUUUAGCUGGCAUGAAUGCGGGCUUGAACAACAUUGGCUCGCUUCUCAACACGACGGGAGCUCCAAAUGUGUCCCUGUCCCGCACGAAUCUGCCCUCAGAUGCCCAGCUUAGUCCAAACUUUGCUCAGACCCUGAUGCAGCAGCAGCUCAGUCCCGGUCGUAGCGCACCCUACAGUCCGCAGCCCAAUCAAGGCUAUGCCCCUCAGUUCCCGCAACCUGGCCAACGACUCUCCCCGCAGCAGCAGCAGCAACUCAGCCAGCAGCAACAGAACAAUGUCCAGCAGCAACAGUUGGCCUACCAACAGCAACAGGUUGGCGAUGGCGGACGAUCCAACACUCCGUUUGGCUCUAACUCGGGAAUGCAGUCGCCGGGCAUGCAGAAUAGUCCACAGCAGUGGGGAUCUGGCGGCGGAGGAGGCGGUGGUCCCGGCGGUCCACUGCCGUCAGGCAAUGCCGGUAGAACGCUGCAACAACACAACCCGAUGCUCAUUGCACAGCUGCAGGGCGUGAGUCCGUACAAUGCGCGUCAAUACCAACAGAACCAGAGACGUGGCCUCAAUUCCCCAGGCGCUGUUGGACCCGGUGGCAAUCCGGCGGCACAAGCGGCUCUGCAGCGGCAGAACUCGUUCCAGGGACAGGGCGGUGGCGGUGCCACAACGCCCGACGGUUCCGGCGUGGGUUUCGGCGGACCACAGUCCCCCUACGGCACCAAUGUAAAUGUUUUCCAGCAGCAACAGUUGCAGCGACUGCAGCGACAGGGCAGCGUGCCACAGGCCACCCAACAUUUGCCAGGCUCGCCACGCUUUGGCUCCUCACCGGGCAGCAGCAACAACACUGAUAGUUCAGCUGCCGCCGGCAACCAGCAGCAGCAACAGCAGCAACAGCAGCAGCAACAGCAGCAGCAUCAGCAGCAGCAACAUCAGCAGCUGAUGAACGGGCUGAGCAUGUCGCCACAUCCGCAUCCGCACCCGGCGAUGAUGGGCGUGGGCGGCAUGGGCAGUGGCGGUGGCAACGGCAUCAUUGGCCUUGGCGGCGGGGGCGGCAACUAUGGGGCCACCCUUGGCGGCUACGGGCAAUCGCAGCAGGCGAAUGAUUUCUAUGGUCGCGCCCAGACCGCUGGCGGUGGUGGCAGCGUAGCCGGUGGUAAUGCCAAUUCCGAAUUCGUCAAACAGGAGCUGCGCGCGGUGGUCAGUGUGCGGGCCCAGCAGGCAGCUGCGGCAGCCACCGGAGGAGCUGGAGUCGGAGGAGGCGUAGCUCAACGAGGACAGACGCCGCAGAGUCCACUGCAGCAGGGCUCAGUGAUCGGGGGUGGCGGUGGCAUUGUGGGCGGAGUCAACAGUACAAACACAAUGGGCAAUGUCACGCCCACGGGCAGCGGCAAUGUCAGCAACUCCAUGCUCAACACGCCACCGGACCCAACGCUGAGCUUCAGCUUCGAGACGCCGGACUUCUUCACCAGCAGCGCUACGAGGUGACCCUAAGGUGCCUAGUUCAGAACCAAGGAUCACGUACAACCAAAACUUCUCUUGCGCACGCAUUUAUGGCUCUAGAUACGAAAAACAAUAGGAAAUCAAUGGAUGAAAGGCGAAGCAUGUACAUCUAAUUAAAAAUAUUAGCAGCACUAUUUAAAAAAUAUAUAUCUAAAUAUAUUUAUUUUAUAAUACUAGCAAAUAUUAAUUUUAAAGCAAAAUGGGAACCUCGUCUAAAAGAAAUCGCGAAAACAUAAAUACCAGACACAAGCUCUAGUUAAAUAUUUUGAAAACAGCAUAAUAACUUCAUAAGAAGAUGCAAACAUGAUAUAAGUAAUGCAUAUUUAUUACGUUUAAAGAUAAAGCCUAGUACUAAGAGCUAUAUAUACAAAAGAAUGAAAGCAGAAACAAAGCAUAAAACAUAAAUAAUUAUGCGUUAAGUGCUGGCCGUUUCGAGGUGUUGUUAAAUUGAUAUAUGUAUAUUUAAAGAGAAUUAAUAUUAAUAUUGCAUAACAUUUGGAGAGGCGUUGGCAACGGCAGCAGUUGGCUAAGCUCUAGAUAUAACGACAAGCGAUAAUAUAAUGUAUACAAUUGGAAGGGAAAGCAUGUAACAUGUAACACACAAAAACACAAACUUGCUGUACAUUUAAAAAAAAGUAGUGUUGAAUUUUUUCAGUGUGAUAAUUUGUUGAAUUUUAUGUACUAAAUGUUGCUAAUUUGUUGCUGCAAAAGCACGAGGACCUCGACCUCCAAAGGCUUUGCUUUAUGUAUACCUUCUAAACCUUUUCCAUCAUCUUUAAAAAUUUCUUUUCAAUUCACCAAUUGACCAAUCAGACCCAAAAUAUAUCACUUUGACUAUGGUUAGAAAAACUAUCCCUUUGCUGUAAAUAUUUUCACUGAGUAUCUUUUCUAAGUUGAGCCGCCUUAAAUUUUAAAUUGUAAUUUAGUUAAUGCUCGUUUAAAUUUAUUGUAAUUACGUUUAAAUACUUUUAUAUCAAAGCGAGAAAGCAAAGCGCGCAAAGCAAAGUUGGCGUUGCAAUUUCAUGUGAAGGCUAUUUUACAGGUUUUGUUUAAACUAAUAUGUAAUUUUAAACAUUUUUAUAUUAACUAUUACACAUUAAAUAUACAAAAUUGGCAUGUAUGAUUCAAAACACUUUCAAAUAACAUUUUGCAAGCUAGAGCUAGGCAAAAAACGUUUCACGUUUUCUAUUAUGUAAUUUUUUAUUGAUUUUUGAUUUUGUUUAAAUCUUUAAGUCUAUUAAGUUGGGUUCAAUCGUUAUAAAUAUUAUUUUUAAAGAAGAAACGAUACAAAUGCUAUACAAAUAUUAUUGAUAUAAAUUUAGUUUAUAAUUUUAUUAUAAUACUGUUUAAACUGCAAAGCCCUAAAUAAAAAUUUAUAUACAAUAUUUUAAAAAAUUUCAUGUUUUCAUUAUUUUAAAUCGUCUUUCUUUAACAAAUUUUAACACUGAAAUCGGACGCGAAAACAACGACAAACAACACUAAUAAAUGAAAUAAAUAUUUAAUGAAAACGGCGAUAUUAAAACUUGGGAAAAUAAAAAUACCUCUCGUUAAGUUCAAAAACGUAUGAAAAAAAUACAAAUUUAUUAAAAAAAAAAAUAUUAAGCGUAACCGAAAAUUCAGUAAUAAAUAUUAAGACGACUAUGGGAAAUUGUAAAUAGAUUGCAAAUGGUUCAGAUAAAAUUACUUCAAUAUCUAUUAAAGAACAAAUUUCUAGACGCUGCUAGCUAAAUUAUAAUUGUCACACUUAAUACUAGCUUAGGACGAGAUUUUCUUUAAGAGGCUACAUUUAAUGCAAUUAAAUUAAAAUUAUAAAACAAAAAAAUUUAAAGAUGGUGGCCAAUUUUCGGCCCCCGGCUCUCUCCCUAGUUUUUAUACUGACAAAACCUCAAACCAGGAAAGUAUAAGUAUGACAAAUGAAUAAUAUACACAAGUAUACUGCAUUUAGCAUUAUAUAUACACUAUAUUAAUAGUUUUAAUGCCAGUUAUUCAUAUAUACCAAUUCAUAAAUAUAUAUAUAUAUAUUUAUACGGAAUAAGGAUAUAGCAAAUUUCACACACAGCAACACAAAAAGUACAUAUAAAGUGCAUUAAUGAAUUUAAGCAUUUAAUGAAAUUAAUUAAUUUAUAAGCAUGAACAAAUAUUGGGUUUAUUUCGAAUAUAUUUAAAAUAAACAGAUAUUUACAAAUGGUAUAAACUUCAUGGAGUAUACUAGGAAUUAACUAAGUACUACACAUAAAGCUAACUAACCUAAUGCAAAUAAUAUUUACGUGAGUGCAAAGCGGAGUUAGUUUUGAUAAGAUUACCUACUAAAGUGCAUAUACAUAUAUGAUUUGGUAAGCUGUUCUGUUAUCACGCACGUUCAAUCGAUCAUGUUGUAAAUACAAGCAUCUUAGAAUUUUAUAAGCAAAAUUAAUCUAGUUUUAUACCAGCUCUCGAUCUAAGCUUUUUUGUCGAAUUGAAGAUACAAAUUGGUUUCGCUGGACACAUCUGAUGAAAAAGUUGAUUUUUUAUUCCGAAUCUGACUAGCGGACGUCCCUAACUAAUCCGUACUCAUUUGUUCAUACUGUACAGUCAUAAUUAAAUUUAUUUUCUAUGCAACCUAGUACCAUAAAAUUUGUACCAAAUCACACACUGGCGAUUUAAGAUAUUAGCCGAGAAUGGAGAUGGAAUGAGAAUUACAAAACAAAUAAUGCAACGCCCUGUACCCGUGCAUAAUGCCUACAAAGAUUUGUUAAACUUGAUAUUACAAAUAAAAUACUAUUUACUAAAUACAAAAUGAUGCCCUGAACCGCAAUGAGUAGUGCCCAAACAUAAGAAUAACGAAAUACAAACCUAAUAUAUAAACUAGCAUUUAAAGGUUAUAACGAAUUCUAAAACAACAGCCUCAAAGAAAAAUAGUUUUUAAACAAAAUAGCGAAAAUAGCACAAUUUUGUAAAAAAAAAACAAAAGCGAGUAGAAAUUUGUACGAACUCAAAAUAGAACAGAACCGAGAGCAAUAUAACAACAAAUUUCACGCAGCACAACUACUCAAUAUUUAAAUUAACUUAUUUUCAGUCAAUGCAAAAAUGCAAAAAUAGAGGAACGAAAAUAUCGAUUUGAUGGAAGAAGGCAUCGUUGAUUGAUUGGCUGUGUUAUCAAAUGGAAAAAAAGUUGAAAGACCGAAAAACGUACGACGAAAUAGGCCUAAAAUUUGAAAUUGAAAAACAUUUUCAAAAGUAGCGGAUGGUCGAGGUUAGCGUAGUUAGAGGUGUAGGAACCGAAACCGAUAUUUAUAUAGGUUGGUUUAUUCCACAUAUAUAGGAGGUUGGAUUAAUGCUGAAUUUAUGGAAGGGGAUCAGAUCUUUAAGAGCAGGCAACUUCAGUUCAAAUUGUCACAUAUGUAUGCAUCUAAUUUUGUUCACUUAUAUCAACGAUUAUUUAGCGCUUAGAUAAACACACAUAAUCGGUAAUUUGGGUAUGCUAAAAUACGUGAUUUGGAGGGAAGACUGUACUGAAGAAAAACGGCAAGUUGUUUUAAGAUUAUCGUGAGUAUUUUGAUUAGAUUAUACUCGUUUAUUGCUGGUUUUGAGUCAGUACCCGUAUGUUUAAUUCUUUGAAAUCGUUUUGCGAAAACUCUCAAACCCUAUCCACACAAACAUAAUGAAUGUUACAAAUCUGAAUGUUAUGUUGUUGUCAUCUGUCACUGUUUACACGUAUCAAUUGAUUGUCCAAAUAUGUAUAUGUUGUCUUUGUCUCUAAAAAUCGUAUUGAAUAAUUCAGUGAAAACAAGCGUAUUUUAAGUCUCUAUAUAUGUACCUUUUGCUAUGUAUUGUAUUUUUAUGUAUCUGUAACUAUAUAAACGCGUACGACACGCCCCACUCCCACUCACAUUUCACACUCAAAUGGGAAACCUAAGAAACAAAUGCUAAAUUUAACACUAUACACACUAAAAAUUAAUGAUAAUUUUUAAUAACUAAAUCUGUAUAUGUGUAAAUGUAACGUUUGUCUAAGGAAUCACACAACUGAAAGUGAAGUUGAAAAGUUAGGAAACCAAGUAAAGUUUCACUUGAAUUUCAUUUCAAUGAAAACACAAUACACUUUAAUUUAACUAAGUACUAUACUUACAAGCAUAAUUGAGAAUGUUCACCCACAGACACACAAAACACACACAUGCAACACAAUAGAAAAAUGUUUAAACAAUUAAAUUUAAUGUUAGUGGAGACGGUAUUCUGUACGCUAUGUUUGUACUUACAAAUCGAUAUAUAUAUAUAUAUAUAUAUACAUACAAUUAAUUAAAUUUAUUAAUUAAUUAUACAACAAGAAGCAAGCAAAAAGCAGCAAACAGCAACAAGAACAACAGACACGUUCACUUAAUGUUUAACAACUGAACAAAAACAUUGAAAAUGAG